CGUUAGUCUUUUCUCCAUCGUUGAUCUUUCGUUCUUUCUUGCCCUGUUUGAUUGCUGUUUGUUAUAAAAAAAGAUAAUUCGAGUCCUGGUUGAUUUUAUGCAAGCCAAGGCUGUUGUUUGAAAAAAACCUUGAAAUUUUUGGAUUUUGGUAAGAGAACUUUCAAGAUGAACCAACAAGAACAACAAGAACAACAACAAGAACAAGAACAAGAAGAACCCAUCAAACAACCAACCCACCAGCAACUGCGCCUGAAACACUACAUCAUCCUAUCCAGCCUCUCACUGAGCUUCCUCCUCCUAGCCAUCAUCCACAUCACCAUCGGCGAGAGACUGAACAACAAUAGCCCAUCGAGAAUCCAAGACUCACUCCGUCUGAAUAUCCCCUCAACCAGGCUCAAGAUCGGAGAGCUGACCGCCCAGAACAGUCUCAGCCUAUCCAUCCAGACUAACCUCACCCUCAACCUACAUCAACUGACGAGUAGCAAAAACAGGCUCGGCAAGACCGUCGAAGGAAAACUGCUCCGUUGGCUCGUCGCUCAAUCCCCAAACGCUACCCUCUCCUCAUCCUCCCCCAUCCAGAUCUACGAAGCCGACAACCAUGGACAACAUCAAGAGCCUCUGCUCGAACUGACUCUCCUCGAGCCCUUCAUCCUGCCCCUCUCCUACAACCCCCCCUCCAAACACGCCGACCACCACCCUAGUCCUCCUCCGACUCAACGCACAACCAUCGCCCUCCGCAUCCAGUUCCGAGCCCCCGACCGACUCCCUCCGCUGCUCCUCACCCCUGCCCUCGACCUCCGCGUCGUCAUCAAAGACUUGGAUCUCCGCCUGAAUCCUCACAACGGACUCCCCGCAUGGAUCGCUCGUCUCUUCCGCAAACUCACCCACGUCUCGCUGCCUCAUCUGGCCCUCCAACUCUCGCUCCCACUGCCGAAGCUACCAGCGGGCUGGACCGACCCAUCGAAGUUAUUACAGAUCGACAGCUACUCAUUCUACCCCUUAUCCGCCGGUUCCACGACGGAAGACGAACCAGAGCCAAAAGUCGGCAUCCGGGCCUCCGUCUCCGCACCCAACCCGCUCCAGCUCCUCAAACAAUACAUCGAUGAGCUCGAUUUGCAGAUGCACAUCUCCUGGCCAAUCCCGCUCUCCAUCUUCCUCAUCCCUCCCCCAUCCAACCACACCUCCUCAUCCUCAACAGACCCUCAAGCGGUCCCGCUGGCGUCCUCCCUCACUCUCCCUUUCCUCCUCGACGCAAACACCGAACAGGUCUCGAUCACCAUCGAAGGAUUCCUGCUGCCCUCGCUGGCUUCUUCCCCUCAUAAUUCCAGUGCUCCUCAGGAGCAGGACGAAAGCGCAUUGUCGGGCUUCUUGAACCGGUUCUUGAAAGGCAAGACGAACGACCUGUUGAUCCGAUAUCGGGGAGACCUGACGGCGGCCGGCGAGGUUUCCCGAGGGUUGUUGUCGACCGAGGGCGGGGGCCGGGCUGUCCAACACCGAUUCUCGAUAGACGACGACGACGACGAUGAGGGUCCGAAGCAGACGCGUGUGCCGUCGCUGGUCGUGGCCUUCCUGGCCGCGCUGAACGUCCGACUCCAAUUCCCGGGCAACGAGCAUACCGAGCUGGUCGAGUCGAUCGGCGUCCGGGAGAUGAAGAUCGACCUGCCCGGCAUCCUCCCGCCGCACCCGCAGCUCCUGUGCUCCGGCGAACUCCGCGCCGUCGUCGUCUUGCCCCCGCACCUCGUCGGCCUGUCCUCUAUCCUCUCCAUCCUCGACGUCAGACCGGAUGUCUUGCUGCUCGACGGCCCUCUUCCUUCCUCCUCCAUUCCUCCUCAACCCGAUGACGAUCAAGUCGUCCUCCCCGAAACCGCAUUCGCAAGACUCUUUCCAGAACACUAUCUGCCCGCCUCGCUCCGCCUCAUCCUUCCCAACUCUACAACCUCUUCUGCUUCGUCCCAGGUCAAGCUGCUCCUUACGUCCUCCUUCGUCAAGGUCCCGUUACAAGUCCUUGACGGAAGGACCGCCGUCUUCCGCAGAUAUGCCGCUAAAUAUCUGCUCCAUCAUCGUCGCCAUCAAGCUCCUGAUGGAGAUGAUGAUGACGAUCAGGAAGGCGUGCUUACGUCUAUCGUCGGCGCGUUCGACGCUCAUAGCUCGAUCGCCCAUACGUUUCUGGUCCAGCUCUUGGGAGUCGACGUCCGCGGCAGCUUCUACGUUUAAGACACACCCAAAACGACGAUCGAGCGGGCCACUUCGGCGGGGGUUUCGUUGAUUCAUUUGCAGAAGGAUCGGCUACUUCAAAACAAAAAAAGCGUGUUGUUAUGGGCCGCUGUUCAUCUUUUGCCGUCGGUCCCCUGAGUUCUCGACUCGGAUCUUCUUGGCUUGGCUCCCCACCCUCUCGAUGUCUUCCCUUUCGCCCAGGAAAUCUGCCCUUUCCCUCCUGGGGCUGUGUUUGUAUGGACUCUCGACCGGCUCAUGAACACUUGUCUGUAUCAUUUUUUUGUUUGUUGCUGAAGAUCUUAUGUAUCGGUAUUCCACCAUUAUCCUGGCCUGUUCUGCUAUUUAUGUAUCUCCUCCCGAAUGGGGCUUGUAUCCCCUGUAUCUUGAUCCCCCGGUCUUGAUUUGAUUUGGUGUUUGUAUUGGUACAUAAAAUGCUUGAUGAUGAUUGUAUGUAAUGUAUCAUGAAAACCUGGAUGUCUUGUGAUCCUAACGGAUGAGUAUGUACGAAUCUCACUGCACAGGUCCGGUUUCAAAUUUCAAUCCGAGAAAGCGCGAGCAAGAAGGCAACAUUAAUC